UAAUUCGUCCGGCGAUGUGCUCCUCAUUUUCCAGUAAUAUUGCCGUUAUUUUCAAUAGUUCAGAAUAAAAACCGGUAUUUAUUAUGUACCGGUUUUUGUAGCGAGUCCAAAGUGCUAGUUUGCUUGAAGAAAAUCGAAAGAUUUGAUAGUGAAAUUUCACGGUGAAAAAAUUUGAUUUCAAAGCACGCUUCUGGUGAUUUGUGGCAUCUUCGAAUAAGUGUUCAUUCUAGACCGGAGAAGCGGACCCAGCGGGAUAGUCAAAAACAUGUUGAGCAAGAUAUUCCUGUUCUUCGUAGCUUUGCGACUUGCCUCAGUGUUUGUUGUCAGGACGUGGUUUGUUCCAGAUGAGUACUGGCAAAGUCUGGAAGUUGCCCAUCGUCUUGCGUUCGGGUAUGGACACCUCACUUGGGAGUGGACCAAAGGCAUCCGGAGUUACGUGUACCCGUCGGUUAUAGCCCUAUUGUACAAACUACUUGCGGUGGUGAAACUGGACAAUGUGGAGUUGCUUGUGUUACUGCCUCGUGUACUUCAGGCUCUUCUGUCAGCAUACUCCGAUUAUAGGUUCUAUAUUUGGUCGAACAAAAGCAAGUGGUCAACAUUCGUGUUGGCGACAUCGUGGUUUUGGUUUUAUACCGCUUCGCGUACGCUUUCGAAUACACUGGAAACAUCUUUGACCGUCAUCGCUCUCAGUUAUUUCCCUUGGGCUGCUAGGGAGAGUACCAGUUUCUUGUGGCCGGUAGCAUUGUCUGUAUUCAUCCGGCCAACAUCAGCGAUUCCAUGGAUUCCGCUAUGCUUGUAUCAUGUGAAAAAGUCCACAUACCCUGUUUGGGAACUACUGCUUAAGCGAUACCUUGUUAUUGGGCUUAUUGUGGGAAUCUGCACUGUAGCUGUUGAUAGUUUUCUCCAUGGAUCACUUCUGCUGUCUCCGUAUGAAUUUUUACAGUUCAAUAUCCUGAAAGGCAUAGGUAGCUUCUAUGGUGAACAUCCCUGGUAUUGGUAUGCUAACAUAGGAUUGCCAACUAUUUUGGGAAUUGGAACACUACCGUUUUUAUUUGCCGCUGUUGAAACAAUACGAAACAGACAAGUUUACCUUGAACGUUCAGUGUUGCUUGUAGCUAUUGCUUUUACGUUGGCAGUAUACUCUCUAUUACCACACAAGGAAUUCCGCUUCUUGCUCCAGAUUUUACCACUCUGCUUGUACGUUUCUGGAGACUACCUGUCGCGAUGGAGCAGAAAGGCAUCUGGCAAAUUCGUUUGGUUUGCGGCAAUUGUGCUGUUGAUUGGCAAUCUUGUACCAGCAGGUUAUCUUAGUUUUGUUCAUCAGCGAGGUGCCCUGGACGUCAUGUCUUCCUUGCAAACUGUAGUGCGCAACUACCGGGACGAGUUUGGUCAGCCUGCAAAAAUAAUCUUCCUUCUUCCCUGCCACUCAACACCUUUUCAAAGUCACAUACAUCAUAAUACCACCAUGCGUUUUCUACGCUGUGAACCAAACUUCAACAAUGAUGAACAUUAUCUGGAUGAAGCAGAUACUUUCUACAAAGAUCCUACGAGCUGGAUUCGCAAGAAUCUCCCAGUUCAUCCCAGAAGCGCUUUACCGACGCAUGUUAUUGCGUUCGAUACGCUGGAACCGAAGAUAAAAGAUUUUCUUUCAAGUUAUAAACAAAAAGAAUCGUUCUUCCACUCAGAUUAUACUACUGACAGAAUUGGAGCUAACAUUGUUGUUUACGAACGCGUCGAUCCUGCCAAAGGUACCACAACUACUCCCGUACCACCAACGCAGCAAGAGCCGCUUGAGCAGCAACCUGCCGAGCAAGAAAACGACGGCUAGCUGCAAGCUCAAAUCUAUUAAUAGACUUAAGAUUUCGUGUGCAUUUGACUGGUUUUAAUUUCAAUCAUAAUUUUAAUGAAUUAUAGUAUGUGGUUACAUGUUUACUUAGGUUUCUUAGAUGUGACUAGUAACCCCUGCAAAAAGUGAGGCAAUAACGAAUUUUAGGUGUAAAAUUUAGUUAUUUGGUAGACAGUAGUGUAUAAGAUUAUUGUCGUACUUUAUUUCUCUUCGGUAUCAUGAAAGCUUUCUUUAGAAAAGAAUCGUUUUGCUCUGAACGGGCUACACCAUGUGUAAUAAAUAAUACAAAAAUUAAGUAUGAUUUAAUCUACAUUAAUGAUUUAAUUAAGGUAAUCUAUGAUAGCUGAUGACUGCACAAUAAGGACAGCUAUCACUUAACGUCCUUAUAGAAAAAAAUGUAGUUUAGAUGAAUGUUAACUGUAUUCGUAUUUACGACUCAAGGUAAAGUUUCCCUAUCAUACAAGUGGAAUUAUUGUGCAGUCACACCUUAUAAGUUUUCUAUCUUUUUUUAAUCCUGAGCCUUGCUUGAAGAG